UAACAUCAGUUUAAAAUCACGCCUGCAAUCGAUUGUUUAUUUUUUUUGUAUUAAAAAAUAUAUUUGCGAAUUGCCAAAAAAAAAACCGAACUAUCCACUGGUCAACUGGUCCAGCAUCACCGAAAUCACGCCACACAACUCCACUUGAGAGCCAGAAGACGGGAGCUCCAUUCUCAAACAGGCAGAAGUCGCAGAAAACACAUAGCGGCUUUUCGCGAGACGCCGACUUUGGCUGAGGAAAAGCGAGGAAAGCAGGAAAAGCCAGACCAGGCGCCACUUAGCCACAGACAUGUCGCGCAGCGUUCGGGCGGAAACGCGCAGUCGGGCGAAGGAUGACAUCAAGCGGGUUAUGCAGGCGGUGGACAAGGUGCGCCACUGGGAGAAGAAGUGGGUGACCAUUAGCGACACCACCAUGAAGAUCUACAAAUGGGUGCCCAUCGCCUCCGCCAGCGAGAAGAAGGCCAAGCUAGAGUCCUCGCCGGGAUCGGCAGCUGCCCGGAGACCACCCACCGGCUCGGGCGUGACGCCAGUCGGCGGCAGCAAGAGCGAUAAGGAGAACUCUCAGAAGGGCACGCCCACGCCGCCGCAAAUCACGCCCAGCUAUCAGGGACUCACCGCCGAGGACUCCAACACCUGUUUCUCCGUCGUGUCGGACAGCCAGGGCGCCGACUUCGUGUCGAGUAUGCCCUUCUCUGAGGACUCGAACUCGCAGGGCAGCGAUGGACCUGUCAAGCGAUUGAAGACGAGCGACUAGCCAAACAUGCGCAGCCACAGCGUCUACAGCAGCAGCAGCAACUAACUAAGAGCCCUAAUUAAGUUAGGUUAGCACCGACAGCACCGGAGAGUGGAUUGUGCAUGAUGACGACGAGAGUAUCUGCCUCAGCCCAAGACUUAAGCAAUUCUCCUACACUAGCAGUUUACGGCUGUCAGGUGUUCCCGCCGCAAGCCUCAUUUAUUCAUCAUCAAAGCGGGGGUAGCUGAUGGUCGAUAGGUCCAUAGCAUUAAGCUCAAAUGUAACAAUUUAUUUAUUAGAAGAGAAUGCGAAUCGAUUUGAGUACGAACCUAGAAUGGAUAUAUAAUUUUGUAAUAGCUGCAUAAGAUAACAAACAGCCAGUCUGAAUGUUGUAAAUCGUGUAAAGUUUUUUGACUUUCAAUUUCUAGACGUUUUGACAACAAAUAGUAAAUAAAUUAUCGUACUAACAUAAGGCCACAUUUUUUGUCCACCAUAAAACUGACUCGAAAACGAUUGAUGUACUCGUCCAUAAGUAGAUUUAUACCAUUUCGCUUGUAAACGCUUUUCUACGCAUUCAGUGAAUGCAACAGACUUCAAAUCGAAGCGUUUGGAAGCGAAUAUUGGUAGCUUCUAGUUUGUGAAUGAAUUGAUCAUAGGAAAGUCAAACUGAAAACGAAUAUGAACCCUUGAUAGAUGCACAAAGAUUAAGCAAAAUCGAUGACCCAACCAGUAAACCUCUUUAUGCUAAAACUUACCAAUUAAAAUGUGACAUUAACUUGUAA